CCUUCUUUCCCUUUGUUGGCCUCCUCCCACUCCUUCUCCUACUCGUUAUCUACUUAGUAUUUCCCCAAAGUCAUAUUGAGUAGAGCCCAUUCAUUGCUAUUUGACAUCAGUAACUACUAGUGCAAUUGGUAACGAACCCUUAAGAAGAAGUAAAGCAGCAGUCAACUGAAACGAAUAUGUCUCAACAACAGAACCAACAAUCUGAACAGCAACCCUCUGCUACGGGUCAGCCCGUGGCGCCACAGUUGCCUCACAAUUCGGGAAACAUGCCCGUUAUCCCUAAUUUUGGAGGGAAUGGUGGUGAAACUAGAGAUGGCAACUCCCCAUCUCAGCCGGCACAUCAACCUUCGAAGGUUUUAUAUGUACGUAACGUUCCGGAGUCGGUGACUGAGCAGGAUAUUAUCGCUUAUUGCCUCACGUUUGGACGUGUGGUCAACAUAUUGUUGCUCAGAGAUAAGAGGCACGGAUUUAUCGAGUUUGAGGACGAGUCCUCUGCUAUCAAGUGUUACACCUACUAUAACGCGAACCCGCUUCUUAUCACUGGCCACAGAUUGGAGUUCGCCUUCUCGGGCAGGUCAGAGAUCACAGCCAGAAGGGAUCCCGAUUCUAACCCGCCGAACCGUAUCCUUCUGUUCACCAUAACCAAUCUGGUAUACCCCGUCACCGUUGACGUCAUAUCUCAAGUAAUGAAUAAGUUUGGUGGAUUGGAGAAGGUCAUUGUAUUCAACCGCGGCAAUGCAGUCCAAGCGCUCGUGCAACUCGCUGAUGUGGACACAGCCAACGUAGCUAAAGAGCAGCUGGAUGGUCAGAACAUUUACGCUGGCUGCAACACGAUCAAAGUACAGUACUCCUCGCUGCCUCAACUGGAGGUCAAACAUAAUAAUGAGAGAAGUUGGGACUUCACAAAUCCGAGCUUGCUCCCCGGUGGUAUGGAAGCUGGCUCCGGUCUCACACCUCUUCACCAGCAGCAAAUGCUCGGUGGAGCUGCAGGAGGUCAGUCUCCUGCCAACCUCAUGGCCAACUUCAACUACGUCCAGGCCAUGAAUGCUCUAUCCCAAGCUAAUCUCCAGAAUCCCUCAGCAGCGAUGGCAGCUGCGGCGGCGGCACUCCAGGCCAGUAUGGGGGCGGCUCCGGUUGUGAUCGUUCACGGACUUAAUGAGCAAGAGACGAGACCUGAUGAUCUGGCAGCGCUAUUUGCCGUAUACGGCAAUGUCGUGAGAGUGAAGAUUAUGUUUAAGGCUAGACACACUGCGCUGGUUCAAAUGCAAACGGUUGGUGAGUGUCAUACGGCAAUCGCCCAUUUGAAGGGCAUUCGGCUACACGGCAACAAGCUGACUAUGGAGAUGAGUAAAGGUGGCCGAGAACUGCCGCCGAUUCCUCCGCCAGGCGCCGAGCAAACUGAGGCUGAUCGCCUGAGCCGGGACUACACCAGUCAAAGCUAUCUGUAUGCUCGGCAUCGUGCGGAUCAGACCAGCAGACCCUUCCCACCCAGCUCCAGCUUGUACUUCUCCAAUAUGCCCCAUGGGACCACGGAGGAGGAUCUUCGUGAACUGUUGGAUGCGUCCGGGUGUCAGUAUACUGGUAUCCGUUUCCUCAAUGAGCAGCAUCACAUGGCCAUUGUGCAGUGUAUCAGUCUUGACAACGCUAUUGAAACACUGUGCCGUGCUCAUGCUAAACCUGUCGGUCAUCCUCCAAGGCCGGUUCGCGUCGGGUUCGGCAACACUGUCCCGAAGCGCCCUGUGACCCCACCAUUCACGUCUGCACCGAUAGCCGUGAUGCCUACUUUUGCAAAUGGAGCUCCUAUUGAUGCGUUGGCAUAUCAAGGUCGCAGCCCUCCGGUUCAAGCAGCUACUCCUGCAGGGGACAUGUCUGUAGCUGGUUCUUCUCAAGAGUCUUUUGAGAUGAUGAGUGGCAUCCGAACUAUGCCGAACCCGUACCAAGCUAUGAUGAUGGGCAAUACUCGAGCGCCGCCACCAGGAGUUCAACGGCAAAUUAGUGCUGGCCCUCCUGGCGGGCAAUUGUAUUCGUCUCCAAAUCCGAUGAGGAGUGGCAAUAAUGCUCAGCAACCUUUUUGA